AUGGCGUUUGCUGGGACAAAUAUCAGUUUGUCUCAGCCGGAUAUCACGCAGAAACUAACGGAGCGCAUAGACGACCUGAAGCAAAAGAUUGCUGCUUGGGGGAAGCGGAUUCGCCGAUUUACCGAGAGGUCAAGGCGGUUCAACCAGAAUCGUCUCUUCCAGAGUGAUCAGAAGAGGCUCUACAAAUCAUUGGAGCGACCAGAGGUAAGUGGAGCGGGCCCAGGACCGGAUCAGGCUAACACUGUCGCAUUUUGGCGUGGCCUGUGGUCAGAGCCCGUAAACCACAGCGAGGGCCCUUGGACGGAAGUUGUGGCGAGUCAGUGUGCGAGUAUUACACCCAUGGACCCUUUAUAUUUUGACUCAUAG